CAUCAUAUUCCCACCCACCCCCCCUGACAUACAUGGCGUCCCCUCACGCCGAACCGUGGAUUUAGUGUUAGAGCGCGGAUAGGUUUGAUAUCGUGGCUGUUUUUGUCUCUGCGAGCCGUCGUUCUGCGCGUCGCUGUGCGGCGGAGGGGAGGAUGCGGCGCGCAGCCAAACACUAGCCAAGCGCAUCUUCUGAGCGCUAAGGGGAAGGGACCUUUGCGGGGGAAAAGAAAGGCUUGUUUUGAUCCAUGCCUGUCGAGACGGGGCUGAAAGAACAUUCCUUCAACAGAGGUUCCUAUUUGGCUGUUCCACUUUUCUCUUUCCCUUCUCCUCUGGGGAGUGGACCUCUGCAAGGAUGACCUUCAAAAGAGAUGUAAAGAUGAAAUACCACAUUUCAAACAGAGAGUGCAACAGACAGAUCCUUCCAGAAUCUCCAGAAUCCUCACAGAGAUUUCAGAACAGCAGCCGUCAUCACUCAUUCCACACGGAAGAGAUAUCAGGAGGACCUGCUGCUUCAAGAUAAAAUUCACCAUCAAUACAUCAUUAAGGACCAAUAUUCUCUGGAAAGUAAAGAGGCACGUAUUCACUGUGACCUUUUUAGUUUGUGAGGAACAACCCAGCUGUUGGUUGCCCCUGAAUACCCCCUCAAAGAAAUAUGCUUUUGUGUGACUUUUAGCACACAGUCAAAGCUUGGUUUAUAAAGCAAUGUUGCUAUAGAGCCAUCAAAGCUGAGUUUCUGACCAAAUCACAGCUUUCAAUGAAUUAGGGGACUGGUUUUGAUGUUCAAUCCUUUUUUUAGGACUUGAUGGUUUUCUCUCUUUAGGACAGAGUAUGUCAUCGACAACAUUUCACAAAAUCCUAAGACCCCUUCUGUUCACUACCUUUAUUCUGGGAUGCUUUGUGACUGUGUUUUUGAUGUAUUUUAAGCCAUCGACCAGUUGGUUAUAUGGCCCAGUUGAGUCAACGGUUUCCACUGACCGGGUAAAAAACCUCUUUUCCACCAAGAGCGAUAAAAAUGUAACCACUGUUCUUAUCUGGCUUUGGCCCUUCGGACAAACGUAUGACCUGAGUGUCUGCAGCUCUCUCUUUAACAUUGAAGGUUGCUUCAUCACAGCAGACAGAAACCUCUACAACAAAUCAGAUGGGGUCAUCAUUCAUCACCGAGACAUCUCCAGUGACCUGUCCAAUCUACCGCCACUCCAGCGGCCAUCAUUUCAGAAGUGGGUGUGGAUGAACCUGGAGUCACCUUCUCACUCGUCGCAGCUACCUGGAAUUGAGAACUUGUUCAAUCUGACUCUCAAUUACCGUCAGGAUUCCAACAUCGAAGUGCCUUAUGGAUCAAUCGUAGCAGCAGAGACAGAGGAGGACUUUGUGCCACCCAGCAAAAACAAGCUGAUCUGCUGGAUUGUGAGCAACUGGAACCAGGAUCAUGUUCGUGUGAAAUACUACAAUGAGUUGUACAAACACAUUGAAGUUCAUGCAUAUGGACAAGCUUUUGGGGAGUACAUCUCUGACCAAGAAUACUUUCCCACCAUGGCCAGCUGUAAAUUUUACUUAGCUUUUGAGAACUCAAUCCACAAAGACUACAUUACUGAGAAACUGUACAACCCACUGUCUGUGGGCACAGUGCCAGUGGUUCUUGGUCCACCAAGGCAGAACUAUGAAAACUUCAUUCCAGGAGAUGCCUUCAUCCACGUAGAUGACUUCAAUUCACCCAAGGACCUGGCUGAGUACCUUCUACUUCUAGACAAGAAUGAGGUAAUGUACCUCAGGUAUUUUGAGUGGCGACGGCACUUCAAAGUAAAGAAAGCGUACUUCUGGGCAGAGCACACCUGCUUGGCGUGUGAUUACUUGAGAAGGCACAAAGAGUACAAAGCCUUUUACAGCCUUGACAAGUGGUACUGGGGCGAGUAGAGCCUCAAAGGGCUUUAUUGCUCACGUUUUCUGAAGUGGUACAAAGCAUGGAUAAAAAAAGCUAUUAUUUUAGAAAAAGAAGACUGCUAUAUUAAUAAAAGAUGUAUGUGUAAAAAAUAAAAGAAGCAUUAUGAUAAAGAAAAGAAUAUCCCAUCUGUGCUAGUAAUGCGAUCACCUAUGCAUUGCACUAAACUUUAAUGUGAAGGUAAAUUGUGUCAUGUACAUAUUUUUACAACUCUGUAGCUAUUUUUCUUAUUUUUUUUGUGGGGAGGGAUGUGUUUGCAUCACUUAGCCAGUCUAUACAGAUCAUUUAGAUACCGUAUAUACAAGUUCAAAUUGUUUAUCACUUAAUGCAAACGAUACAGGGCAGCCAAUAUCCCAGUACUCCCCCAAACUCUUUCUUGUGGGAUGCAGGUCACUCUUUAGUCAUGGUGUGCAAUGUUAAUUUCACAGUCAAUGUGUUGCAUAACACUUGAAUCCCAUGUGGACUAUCAUACCAAAUAGUUCCAUCUACACUGUAUUAUGCACAUCUAAUUUAAAAAAAAAAAGCUAAAAUCUGCUUAAAUGAGCACAACUCGUGUGUGACUAACUUUAAUAAUGAUAUUCUGUUGUGCUGUCAUUUCAUAAAACCUCAAUUUUUACAUAAAUCAAAUAUAUAUUUUCAUUUAAAAUUGAGUUAAAAUGAGUCUUGAUUAGCUGGAAAAACUUUCAUAAAAAGAAAAGCAAGUCUGACAGUCAAUAUUUUUUCUGUCAUUUGUCUUAAAGUCAACAGCUGCAAGUAGAAGUUGUACAGUUGUCUGGACUUCUUAUCCACUUCUCAGUGGUUUACAGAACAAACAAAAAAAGUACACUGGAUUUUUUUGUGUGUUUUUUUUCCCCUAAAUGAUUUAGGGCAUCCAAAAUAGCCUUUUUUUUCAGAGCAAAAAAACACAUUGUUUUUUGUGUUUUUUGUAUCUGUUUUGGGAAGGUAAUUGCUGUAACUUUUAUUUUUGUUUUGGGUUUUGCACCUCCAUAUCACAGCAAUAGCUACCGACACUAAGUCUUUUUUAGACAAAGGGGAAAAAUUCUGGAAAAGAAAAGUUUUACAACUGCUAUGAAACUUUGUUUUUUAGUUACUUUAAAUGAUUGAAAAUAAGCUUUUACAACACAUUAAUGGGUAUUUUUUCAUAUGCAACUUUUGCAUUUGGAUCCUAGACAAGCACUUCCGGGAUCCUCAUUCAGUUGAUUAAAAUGUAGCUUAUUUUGAUUGGUGUUCAGUCAGAGCUUGUUAGCUUCUGGUGCAUUUCUGACAUUACUUAAACGCACCAGACAGCGAUGACUAUUACUGCGAGAAAUUCACUGAUGUACACUGCACAACAAACACCACCAGUGAGCUUUAUUGCCAGUCAUAAUUAAGGUUUAUACUUAAAUGCUCCUAAAUGCUUAGGACCCAUUUUGCUUGCAAAUUUCGAAAUGCAGCCAUUUACAAAAACUGUUGGGAGGGCCGAGAUUAAUGUGCUGCAAAUUCUUUCAAAUGGUAAAAGGAAAUCACGAGCUGUGGUUGUCAUGAGCAUGCAAAACACCACAUCAGGUCCAGCAGUAAAGAAAACAAGUCAUCCUUGUUCCUGAUACAAAACUCCCCACACUGUAAGGCAGGACUGACAGAGUCUAGCAUGUUUGAUUUUGCUGAAAAGAGCAACAAAGCUCCGUGGCAAUGCAGAAUUUUUCCCUGAUUCCCCACAUCUUGAUAAGAUUAAUAGAAAAUUUAAUUUGUUUCUUGUUCAAAUUUCAAAUAGUAUUUCUUUAUUUUUUUAAUGGCCAAAGGUACCAGCAAUGGAAGGAUUAAACAAAUGCACAUCUUCAAGAAUUGGUCUCUACUAGUCAAAAUGGGAUCUCUGUAAAUUUGAAAUCUGGACAGAUAUGAGUGAGAUCAUUCCUGGUCGAGCAGAAAGAGUUUCAAAAUGGCAGCCUUUAGAAAGAACAAAGCUUAUUGUACAUAUUUUAUAAUGUUCAAAUAUCCUUUUAAGCUGCAGGUGUUUUCAGGACGGUAAUGUGAAUCCACUGCACAUUUGUGAGUAAUGAUAAAAUCAGCUAACAAGAUCAAAGUAAAUAGGGAGGUCCGCCUCCCCGUUGUCAUCCUUAGGAACAUGGUCACAGAAAUGUUUAAUUUUACAUUGCACAUGUUUUUUUGUAUCAGGUGAUGAUCCAUUUGACUUGACGUGACUAAACAAGUUGUGACAAAAUGCAGCAGAGAUAAAGCACUUUUAUUUGUGUGGGGUUAAAAAAAAUUCUGUGCUUUUUGCCAUCUUUGAUAGAAAUAGUGUGUGUUUAGAAAUUGUCAUGCAAUCAGUCUGUAACUAGCAAACUUCUGCUCAUGGUUUUAUAUCGUAUAGUCCUAUGUCAUAUUGGAAAACCAUCUUUUUUUAUUUAUUUUAAGAUGACUUUGGCUUGUGUCUGUCUCUUUCAUCUUUUUCUUGAUAUAAACUCUUUACUCCUGCCAUGCCAUCGUCUGAGUAAGUCAUUAGCUGUGGUUACAUGUGCAAAAUGUGUUUGAUCGGAUCAAAAAUCGGAUUAGAACUGAACUGUUUACAUUGGCCCAGAAAACUGUAUCCGAUUAUAACAAACGUUCACAUACACCACACUUUCGAUCAGAAUAAAUCAUUUUGUCAUGCACAGGACUGUCCAAAAUACCGGAAACGGCUGUUGAAGAAGAAAUAUUGAAUUCCAUUGUUAUGCUUAUUAUUAAGUGCCUGUUUGCUCAUAAUUUUCUAAAUAUGUGCGGCCAGCACUUUAUUCUUGGCAGCACGGACCCGGAAGAAGGGUUGGAAUUAGGCUAAUAUGUGCCAACAACAUUUAGCCUUGGAUGCACUUAAAAUCCAUGCGGUCAAUGCUGCAAUGUGAAUCUUGGCUGGCCGUAAAUAUGUGGGAAUAACAUCAGCCUUUAAUUUUGUCCGGACAUGAUUGGAAACACAAAUUCACAUGAUUGUUGUCGCGGUUUCUCAGGACUGUGCGAAGCGGCAUUUCUGCAUUCAAGAGCCGCCUCUGCCAGCUCACACACCGUCCCAAAGCCGCUCCUCUGCUUGGAGACACAGUUGUCACGGGAGGCAGAGCAGCCGGACGGACUGUGGUCAGAAGCGUCCUCCGGAGCGCACACCGUGACAACGUAUCCUUCCCUUGCUCGCAAACACGAAGCUACGAGUCCGGCUGCUCUGCUCAGAGACAUGGUUCGCCUGUGUGGAGCAGCCGGCCGGUCCUCUUCAUGCUCCAAAGCCUCCUCUGGAGCGCCACACCGUCUACGCAUAAAAGCCAGAGCAGUAGUGACCAACAAUCUGAAUAAAUUGUUUGCGGCAAGAUCGGAUCAACAAUUGGCAUAACCUACCUAUCUCGAUCUGAAGGAAAUUUUGAUCAGAAUGAGUCUGAUCGGGGCAGAGUAUUCCAAACGGCAUGUUUACAUGGUGGAUUUUUAUUCUGAUCGCACGUUUAUUCCGAUUACUUUUGCCCAUGUAAACGCAGCUAAUGUAUCACAGCUACAGUGAAGCACUGGAAGGAGGACUUUAAUGUCGUCUUCAAAAAAGAUGCAUACAACGAGUGAGAUCCAAUCGAUGUGUGUCCUUUUUCCAGAAACAACUUUUUUUCUGCCUGUUUACUGAAAUGAGUGAGUCAGUUAGUGCACAUUUUUGCCAAAUCCUUGCGUUUUGCCAAAUGCUGUGUUUUAAUUGUUGAUGUCUGAUGUCAAAAAGCAAAUUAAAGAUGUGGACCAAUUGGAAAA